GUGGGGGCACUGCAGCAUCGCGGCCCUGGGGCAGCCGGGCAGCGGCCCGCUAGAGGGGGCGCUGUGGGCGCCGCCAGGCGUCCUUUUGUCAGCGCGCACGGCCAAGAGAGCUCUCAUUUCCUCCCAGCCUUGUGCGGGAAAUGGAUUUAAUUCUGACCGCAGGGCUGUAAGGGACGAGCGUGAACGACAGCCUUUUGUCAAGGAGUAGCGGCUUCUGUUGUCUGUAAUCACCGCUGACGCGGGGAAGCUGCACUGCUGGUGGAAUUCCAGGCAGCUCUGACAAGUGUGGGGCUGCGGGAUGGGAAGAAAACAUUGCUCUGCAGAUUAGCUGGGUGCAUUUAUUAAGCAGACACCCAAAGGAAAAGACAACAAAGCAAAACAGCAACCCGCCGUGGAAGACCAGGGAUGGAUAAGAUGCUGUGCAGGAGCUUCCAUCCAGAUGUUUGAAAUCCAGUAGAUGUGGUCGGCGUCCCUGAGAACGACGCGGGGUGCACGGGCCGAGCACUGAGAAGCAGCAGCCUGGGACGAGGCUGGUCCAGCCUCCCAGGCUUCCAGGAGCGGAUUGCAAGCCCACCAGGACAAUGAGCGAAGAGACUGUCCCCGAGGCUGCCUCCCCGCCGCCGCCGCAGGGGCAGCAGUAUCUGGACCGCUUUUCUGAGGACGACCCUGAGUACCUGCGCCUUCGCAGCCGCGCGGCGGACCUGCGGCAGGACUUCAACCUGAUGGAGCAGAAGAAGCGCGUCACCAUGAUCCUGGAGAGCCCCUCUUUCAGGGAGGAGCUGGAAGGCCUGAUCCAGGAACAGAUGAAGAAGGGGAACAACUCCUCCAACAUCUGGGCCCUGCGGCAGAUCGCGGACUUCAUGGCCAGCACCUCCCACGCAGUCUUCCCAACAUCUUCCAUGAACUUCUCCAUGAUGACGCCCAUCAAUGACCUCCACACAGCUGACUACUUGAACCUGGCCAAGCGCGAGCGGAGCAUGCGGUGCAAGAUCAGCAGCGUUUAUCGUCUCCUAGACCUCUAUGGCUGGGCCCAGCUGAGCGACACCUACGUCACGCUGAGAGUCAACAAGGAACAGGAUCACUUCCUGAUUAGCCCCAAGGGAGUUUCUUGCAGUGAAGUCACCGCAUCCAGCCUGAUCAAGGUGAACAUCCUGGGAGAGGUGGUAGAGAAAGGCAGCAGCUGUUUCCCCGUGGAUACUACAGGCUUCUGUCUGCACUCGGCGAUCUACGCAGCCAGACCCGACGUGCGCUGUGUCAUCCAUCUGCACACACCAGCCACUGCCGCCGUGUCGGCUAUGAAGUGUGGCCUCCUGCCUGUCUCCCACAACGCCCUGCUAGUGGGGGACAUGGCCUAUUAUGACUUCAAUGGUGGGAUGGAGCAGGAAGCGGAUCGAAUCAGCCUGCAGAAGUGCCUUGGACCCACCUGCAAGAUCCUGGUGCUAAGAAACCAUGGAGUGGUUGCUCUAGGUGACACUGUGGAGGAGGCGUUUUAUAAGAUCUUCCACCUGCAGGCUGCGUGUGAGAUACAGGUUUCUGCCCUGUCUGGCGCUGGGGGAGUGGACAACCUCAUCCUCCUGGAGGAGAAGCACCGACCCCACCAAGUGGGCUCCGUGCAGUGGGCAGGGAGCACCUUUGGGCCCAUGCAGAAGAACCGGCUGGGGGAGCACGAGUUUGAGGCCCUCAUGAGGAUGCUGGACAACCUGGGUUACAGAACAGGCUACCCUUACCGAUACCCCAUUGUUCAAGAGAAAACCAAACACAAAAGUGAGGUGGAGAUCCCAGCCACUGUCACAGCCUUCGUGUUUGAGGAGGACGGGGCCCCAGUGCCCGCCCUGCUGCAGCACGCCCAGAAGCAGCAGAAGGAGAAGACCCGUUGGCUCAACACGCCCAACACCUACCUGCGGGUCAAUGUGGCCGAUGAGGUCCAGAGGAGCAUGGGCACCCCCCGGCCCAAGACCACAUGGAUGAAGGCUGAUGAGGUGGAGAAAUCCAGCAGUGGCAUGCCAAUACGGAUCGAAAACCCAAACCAAUUUGUGCCUCUCUAUACCGACCCCCAAGAAGUGCUGGACAUGCGGAACAAGAUUCGAGAACAAAACCGACAAGAUGUGAAGUCGGCAGGGCCUCAGUCCCAGCUCCUGGCGAGUGUCAUCGCUGAGAAGAGUCGAAGCCCGUCUACAGAGAGCCAGCUGAUGUCCAAGGGCGAUGCAGACACCAAAGACGACUCAGAGGAGACUGUGCCCAACCCCUUCAGCCAACUCACUGACCAGGAGCUGGAGGAAUACAAGAAGGAGGUGGAGAGGAAGAAACUAGAGCUUGACGGAGAGAAAGAAACCACUGCCGAGGAGCCUGGCUCACCUGUAAGGUCUGCACCAGCUUCUCCAGCACAGAGCCCAGCGAAGUCAGAGACUAAGAGCCCUGCGGUCUCUCCCUCCAAGUCUUUAGACGAAGGUGCUAAGAAGACAGAAACAAGCAAAGCCACCACAGAGCCUGAAUCCACACAGCCAGAAGGAGUGGUGGUCAACGGGAGGGAGGACGAACAGACCACAGAGGAAAUUCUCAGCAAAGGCUUGAGCCAGAUGACCACCAAUGCCGACACAGAUGUUGAUACCUCUAAGGACAAAACCGAGUCGGUCACCAGCGGCCCCAUGUCCCCAGAGGGCUCACCUUCCAAGUCUCCCUCCAAAAAGAAGAAGAAAUUCCGAACCCCGUCCUUCCUGAAAAAGAGCAAAAAGAAGGAGAAAGUGGAGUCCUGAUCGGUAGUGCCCUUGGGCUCCCAUCCACACCCUCUCCCUCCACCCCUUCCCUUCUCCCAUCUCUGUCCCUGGAAGCACAGGGCCAAGGAGGGAUAGAAUAGGACCCUGGAUCACACUCUGAGGGGGAACUUAGAGAUGACCCAACCAACCCCUCAUUUUCCAUUUGCCCCAGAGAAAUCAGGUGACUUUCCCAAGGUCACACAGCUAGUUAGUGGUAGAGCCUCCACUAGAAUUGGGGUCUCCUGGCCCCCAGUCCAGUGCUCUUUCCACUACACAACACUGCCUAGUUGUGGGCUACCUUUGUGAGGAUGCGGUCCACCAGUCUGAGCCCAGGGCAGAAGGCCAGAGUGGGCUGUAAAGGCCUCACAAGUCUCAGACCAAAUCAGACAGGUUGAGACUUCCCCUGAUCAAGGUCCUCUUCCUCACAGGAAUCCAAUCUCCUGCUAAUGGAGCUGUCACAGUUUAGAAAUCUCUCUUUUCCAUAGGGUCCCCGCCCUGCUGCUCUCAGUAACCAGACAAACUGACCCGUCCCCUACACCAGGAGUUAAUCUUUGUUCCCAAGGGCUGAUGGCUUAGCUUGUACUUCCCCAACCACUAACCCUGAGCUUUCUUCACGGAACCUCCUGAAUGAUGGGUGGAUGAAGAAUUGUAAGAGCGGGCAGACAUAAGGGCAAGCCAAGUCAGCCACAGGAUUGGGCAUCGUUUAAUCAAUGUAAGAAGCCAGGAACUUGGCCCAUUUGAAUCGUGCAUCUCAGGCGCUUCAAAACUAAAACCAAAUUUAGCUUAGAGAAAAGUUGUCUCAUGCUCAGGGCGGAAAUUUGGGGUAAUUCAGAUCCUCUGUUGGCUUUGGGUUGUACAAGGAGGAUCAAAACAACACAGGAAAUGCUAUGCCUUUCUAGCUUUGCAUGGUACAUGGAGCAAUGUGUCUGUACCUGUUUCACUCCUGUCUGGCGGUCAGGUGUCCCCUGACCUUCUUUCCAACCUGGAAGCACUGGCUCACAGACUGGAACUGGCAUCUUACCCUUGGCACCUCGACCUUGGCUCCUUUGGGUUCUGACUCAGUCACUCUGGGUCCAACAGAGGAGAAUGAGAUGAGCCCUUGAGAAUUAAUUAUCUUGGAUCAGCUAUCAGAACAAUCAGCUUGGGUGUCCUUGCCCUGUCACUGCCUGUCCAUCCCGGGGCCUAGCAAGAGCCACGGCUGCUGCUGUUAACGCCAACACUCUCCG